AUGUCAACAAAUGGACUGGCUGCUCCAGUUCCGCCCAACUAUAUGGAAAACGGACGGUUAUACCAUGGCUUUCGAAAGGGAAUUUACAUGUAUCCUUGCGAUGAGCAAGAAAAAGACCGCAUGGACAUUUACCACAAAUUUUUCCUAGUAGCUUGUCACGAAAAACUACACCAAGCCCCAAUCCGACCGAAUUAUGGCCCACCCAGGAUUUUGGAUUUGGGAACCGGCACAGGCAUUUGGGCUAUUGACAUGGCAGAUAAAUACUUGGAUGCCGAAGUCCUUGGGAUGGAUUUGUCAAAUAUUCAACCUGAAAAGAUUCCUCCCAACUUGCGUUUUCGUAUACCUCGUGAUUACGAAAGCCCUUGGUAUCUCGGAGAAGAGUCUUGGGAUUUGAUCCACCUUCGAAUGGGAGCAGGAAGCGUGUCGAGUUGGCCGGAAUUAUAUCAAAAGAUAUUCCAGCAUCUUAAACCUGGUUUUGGAUAUAUGGAACAAGUUGAGAUCGAUAUGCUACCCCGCUGCGAUGACGGAACAAUGCCCUAUCACCCCCUGGUGCAGUGGUACGAUUGGCUAGACGAUGCAACCCAGCGCGCUUCGCGACCCGUGGCUUAUCAACGUAACACUCGGCAAAUGUUGGAGAUGCAGGGCUUCGUGGAUAUUCAGGAGAAUGUCAUUCGAAUUCCGCUCAACUCGUGGCCCGCGAGCCUACACGAAAAGGACAUUGGACGCUGGUACAAUCUUGGCCUAACUGAAGGCCUGGAAGCCCUCAGCCUUGGGCCGCUGACAAGAGUCUACGGUUGGCCUGCGGAGGACGUUCGGAGACUGAUUGUUGACGUCAAAGCACAUAUGUGCAACAAGAAGAUACACGCAUAUAAUAAUAUGCAUAUCUGGACCGCGCGACGGCCUCAAUGA